AUGGAGAGUGUAUGGCUGGACGCUAGCAUUAAAAACAAACAUAUAGUAUGGGCGGACAACACUAGUACUGACUACGAGAACUGGAUUGCUGGGCGCCCGGUUAACGAUAGCAACUGUGUCGAAAUGGUGCCUGACCAACUUAACACGGGCAAGUGGUUAGAUCAACCAUGUGGUAAGAAAAAUAUUGUGGCAUGCAAACGCAUGGUGACCAGUUUGAAUGACCAUGAACAGCGUUUGUUACCAUCGCAAGCUGAUCCCAAUACACUGUGGCCCGCAUACGAGUGGUCAGAUGUGACGGCCACAUACGCGGGUCAGUUUUUCCGGGCCGAAGGAAACGGUAGUCUAGACUUUAAUACUGGAGUUCAAGCGGAAAAUUCACCUAGAUUGUCAGAAGUUAAAAAUUUCGGAGUUGGAGGGGAGGAAUGGGAUUUGAAAUUAACUCCGGGUGUAUGGAGUAAGCUAUUAUAUACCGGGUCAGGGGGUGGUGGCGACGGUCCCGUAUCCAUAGCCAAGAUUGUAAUUUCUGAAGGCGUUUGCGGCGAUGAUUGGGACCUAUUUCAAGAUGAAUAUAGCGAUGUUUGUUAUCGAUAUAUACCGGACAAUUUAGGCGAUUAUGCAACCAUAGUCAAUUAUUGCAAAUUACUCAAUUCAUCGCUACCAACAAUUAAUUCAAAAGCUGAACAAGAUUAUCUUAACAAACUGAUCGUCAAAUACAAAAUGGUGGAAAACGUAUGGUUAGACGCCGGCAUCAAAAACAAACACAUUGUUUGGAAAGACAGAACCACUGCUAUGUACGAGAACUGGGAGUCCGGGCACCCGAUUAAUGACGACAACUGUGUGGAAAUGGUUACCGAUGAAGAUAAGGUGGGCAAAUGGCUGGAUCGACCAUGCACUAAGAAAAAUGCUUACCUAUGCAAACGUGUGGUGAUGUGGUCGGGCGAUCGUAUAGAGCGCUUGUUCAGUGACCUAAAACGCGUGUUAGACAGGGAUGAAAGUAAAAUAGCCCAGUUAGAGCAGAAUCAGGUGCCCGUUGGUUUUACAUACGUGCAAUUGCCUGGAAAGCCUGAGCCCAAAACACUGUGGCCCGCAUAUCAGUGGUCAGAUGUGACGGCCGAAUACGCGGGUCAGUUCUUCCGGGCCGAAGGCAACGCUCCUGGUGUAUGGAGUAAGAAUGUACUAUCAGGCGGUCCAGUACAUGGUAAAUGUCGAGAGCCGUGCGGAUGCAAUGGUUGGGUCGCUUACGGGGACGAAAAAUGUUACCGUGUGUUCAACACAACAUAUCCCAUGACAUACGCCCAGAGCGGCGAGUUUUGCGGCGCCCUUAAACCGGGACCGUAUUAUCCGACUCUACCGAUCGUGGAGUCUGCGGACGAACACCGGUUUCUCGUCGACUAUUUGUCGGACACUUUCGCAAACUGGACGGACGUGUGGAUCGGCGCCCGGCGUUGGACAUCACCGGCAGAUAACUCGACAUUGUUUCAGUGGUGGGACGGGUCGACACUGAACUACAGUAAUUGGCUGUCGGGCGAGCCGUGUCUUAUAGACCGGGCCGACUGCGUGGCCAUGAAGUCCCGGUUCAAUAUGAUUGGUGCAAAUGCUCAUCCCAAUACACUAUGGCCCAUAUACACGUGGUCAGAUGUGACGGCCACAUACGCGGGUCAGUUUUUCCGGGCUGAAGGUGGGGAUAGCUUAGGCUUUGGCAAUGGGGUACAGGGAGACAAUUCACCCAGGGUAACAUCUAUUCAAUACGGCCGUAAAAUAUGUCAACACUCGUGCGGAUGCGAUGGUUGGGUGCCUUACGGGGACGAAAAAUGUUACCGCGUGUUCAACACAACACGUCCCAUGACAUACGCCCUGAGCAAAGAGUUUUGCGCCGCUCUUAAUGCGGAACCGUAUGCACCGACUCUACCAAUCGUGGAGUCGGCGGAUGAACAUCGGUUUCUUGUCGACUAUUUGUCCGAUACUUUUGCAAACGGGACGGAUGUGUGGAUCGGUGCCCAGCGUCGGACAUUACCGGCCGAUAACGUGACUGAUUUUAAGUGGUGGGACGGGUCGAGCGUCGAGUACAGCAAUUGGCUGCCCGGCAGGCCGUCAGUCGUAGAUCGGUCCGACUGUGUAGUAAUGAAAUCUCGGUAUACACUCACCGGUAUAAUAUCGCACGGCCAAUGGGUAAACACUGUGUGCAACGCUCACAACGUAGUACUGUGCCAAAAAAUACGGUACUGGCAGCACAAAGAGAUGCAGAAUAUAGUGAUUGCUGCUAGACGUCAUACAACACAAAUGUAUAAUAAUCUAGAUACAGUAAGGAAUAUACAUCAUUAUGAGAGUAAAAUCACCCAGAUGGCAGAUGAACACUUGCCAGUUGGUUAUAUAUACGUACAAUAUCCCCAUCAGUCUGAUCCCAUAAAUCUGUGGCCCGCAUACACGUGGUCAGAUGUGACGGCCACAUACGCGGGUCAAUUUUUCCGGGCUGAGGGGGGCGGUAGUUUGACAUUUAACCAGGGUGUUCAGUCCGAACAAGCGCCUAAAAUCUCAAAAAUUUCAUGGAAAAGUAGACGUGAGGGCGAAGGCAAUUGGAAUAUUGAUCUGCCGGCCAAUGGAUGGAGUGAUUUAAUAUUCGGUGGACUCGAUGGAGGCUUUUGGGGAGAAAAAUUUGGUUCUAGGCGUUUUUAUGUGACCGGGGGUGAAGUGCGUCCACGUAAUCAAGCGGUGCGAAUAUUUAAACGCACCAUGUAUGCUUGGGCUAAUCACCAGUACUGCAUAGCUAUACGCCGUAUGGGCGCGAUCAAACAAUGGCCAUAUCUCGCGCAUGAAAAUUGUCGUGAACCGUGCGGAUGCAAUGGUUGGGUGCCUUACGGGGACGAAAAAUGUUACCGCGUGUACAACACAACACGUCCCAUGACAUACGCCGCGAGCGGCGAGUUUUGCGGCGCUCUUAAACGUGAUCCAUACUCUCCUACUCUACCAAUAGUGGAGUCGGCGGACGAACACCGGUUUCUCGUCGACUAUUUGGCGGACAUUUUUGCAAACGGGACGGACGUGUGGAUCGGCGCCCGGCGUCGGACAUCACCGACCGGUAACGUGACUGACUUUAAGUGGUGGGACGGGUCGAGCGUGGAGUACAGCAAUUGGCUGCCGGGUGGGCCGUCACCUGUAGGUCUGGCUGGCUGUGUGGCCAUGAUAUCUUAA